AUGCAGUCUAGUAUGGUGCGAACCAGAGUCGACUGGCAGUAUACGGCAGAGCGGGCAACAGAUUCAAGUCUUAGCAUUGUGAAUGGAACUUACUGGCCCAGGGGGAAGCUGCUUGGUGGAAGUGGUGCAAUAAAUGGAAUGCAAUAUAUUCGUGGAAAUCGGAAAAAUUACGAUGACUGGGCUAAGCUUGGAAAUCAUGGCUGGAGUUGGAGAGAAGUUUUAAAAUAUUUUAAAAAGUCCGAAAAUAAUAAAGUUCCUGAAAUAGUGAAUGGUAAUGGUGGAAAAUACCAUGGAGUAGGAGGAUACAUGACUAUCGAUCACUUUUCGGCAACUACACCUUACCACGACAUACUAAAACGGGCGACGAAAGAAGCGGGUUUUAACCAGUUAUUAGAAUUUAAUGCCGAAGAUCACAUAGGGUAUUCACUAUUUCAGUAUAACAUAGAAGGAGCCACCAGGGACAGUUCCGCGAAAGCGUUUUUGAAUCCCAUCCAAAAUCGACCCAAUCUACACAUAAUUAAAAAUGCAUUUGUUGUAUCACUUCUGUACGGUCCAGGAAAUGUAGUUCAAGGGGUCGAUAUGAUAAUAGGAGAUCGGGCCAACCUGAGAGCAAUGGCAAGAAAGGAAGUUAUUCUGUCAGCAGGUACCGUUAAUACUCCUCAGCUGCUAAUGCUGUCGGGAAUAGGUAAACGGGAAGAUUUGGAGCCACUGAAAAUUCCGUUGCGAGCGGAGCUUAGCGUAGGAGAAAAUCUGCAGGAUCACGUAUUUGUCCCAAUAUUUUAUAGUCUUGGAAAACUGAUUUCUGACAUCGAACAAAUAGAGAGCAAGAUGCUAAUAGAUUUAUUUGAGUUUACCUUGCUGAACCGAAGUCAACCUGUUACGUACGAUCGCGUCAUUAGUAUUGUUGGAUUCGCAAAUACAAAAAGCAAAACUGCGAUAUUUCCCGAUAUCCAGUUCUUGAAUAUGUUUUUGGCCAAAGAAGAUAUAGACGCGAUACAAUUUUUCGAAGGCAUAGGUUAUGAAACAAACAUUUUGGAUUCGUUGACAGAAAGCGUAGAACAGCAGGAUGUAGUUGCAGUACUAGUCACAGGUAUUCAACCGAGGUCACGUGGAAAAAUUCGUAUCAAAUCGACUAAUCCAUACCGUCACCCGUCGAUCGAAACGGGUUACUUUAGCGAUCAUGAUGACCUAGACGUUUUGCGUCGGGGUAUCCGGAUCCAGCAGAAAUUGUUCGAAACGGAAACAUUCAAAGAUUAUCAGACGGAACCUGUAGUUUUAAGUAUCGCUGACUGUGACCAACUACAGUACGAUUCCGAUGACUAUUGGGACUGCUAUAUUCGACAUAUGAGUACCACGCUGUACCAUCCGGUCGGGACGGCGAAAAUGGGUCCAAAAACUGAUCCCGAUGCAGUUGUUGACGAACAGCUACGAGUAUAUGGAGUUAGCGGGCUACGAGUCGUGGAUGCUAGCAUUAUGCCAACAAUAACAAGCGGAAACACUAAUGCCCCAACGGUUAUGAUAGCCGAAAAAGCAUGUGAUAUGAUUAAGACUACUCAUCUGUAACAAUGUUGUGAUACUCAAGAGAUUUUUUAUGAAUAAAAUAAAAAACCUUCCAUCUGGGUGUUUCAUUUCUGCUGUUUGGGUUA